AUGGCUAAGAAGAAGGAGAACGCUGGUGUAGCUAUAAACCCCGAUUCGCUUCCUCUACUGGAAUUGCGUUAUGGGGAACCACUAUUCCAAAUGGCAUGCCACCCCUCACGUCCAUUAAUCUAUAGCGGAUUGGCUACGGGGCAUCUUUACUGUCACGAAUACGAUGCUAGCAUUCUUGAUAAGCUUUUACAAGAACGUAAAUCACAAGGUAAAGAAAUCAAUUCUAAACCAUGGUUACAGUUAGAUGCUGAAAGUGCUGACGUUAGCGGGAUCCGUAUUGUGUGGAAGACAAGACGUCAUCGUGGUAGUGUCAGAUGUCUCUGUUUAGAUGCUGAAGGUGAAUACGUUUACAGUGUUGGUACUGAUAACAUUUUGAAGAAAGCUAGUGCAGAAAAUGGUAAAGUUUUGAAAAAAGUAGAUCUACAAGGCCAUGGGUCUAAAUUCACCAAGUUGGUUCAUUCAGGAACUCAUCCAUAUCUUUUACUUGGUGAUGAAGAGGGCAACGUUCUCGUUCUGGAUAACGAUACUUUGAAGUUGAAGAAUAAAAUCAUCAAGAUCCACGGAGGUGAUGCCAUUAAUGAUAUUUUCCAAUUCACUAAAAGGUCUGUACAUAAGUACAUCUCUUUGGGUCAAACUACUCUAGCUUAUUGGGAUUCUCGUGUAUCAAACGAAGAUGAUACUGAAGAUACUCCGGAAGAGAAGCGCAAGGUACUUGUUAGUGAUGACCAAGAGGAUGAAAUCCUAUGUGGUACAUUUGUAGAUCCAGAAUCUGGCGAUACCGUUGUUUGUGGUAUGGGUGAAGGUGUAUUGACUGUUUGGAAGCCUGAAAAGAACGAUUUGGAGGACCAAGUAAACAGAAUUAAAGUUUCUAAAGGAGAGAGUAUUGAUGCUGUAGUGCCCACUCUACGAGAUGAUAACUGUGUUUGGUGUGGUGUGUCUAAUGGGAGGUUGUACAAGGUGGACACCAAACGUGGCCAAGUCGUAGAAGUUAGAGAGCAUAGCGAAAUGGAUGAGGUUGGGUUUUUAGAUUUAGAUUACGAAUAUCGUCUAGUAUCAGGAGGUAUGGAUAGUAUAUUAAUUUGGAAUACAGAUACCGAACAAAACGAUGAAGUUGAAAGUGAAGGUGGUAGUGCCAGUAGCGACAGCGAUAGCGACAGCGACAGCGAUGCCAAUGACAGCGAUGCCGAUGGUAGCGAUGCCAAUGAUAGCGAAGCCAAUGACAGCGAUGCCGGCGGCAGCGAUAGCGAUGCUAAUGGCGGUGAUAGUGACGAUAGCGACAGCGGUGGCAAAGAAUCCGGUAAAGUUGGUCUAUCAAGGGAAGAGCUAAUUGCUGAAUUAGAUAAAGAAAUCGAAGAAAAUGAGCAAGAGAAAGAUAAUGGUGACAAACAGGAGGAAGAUAAAAAGAUAUCCAACAAGAGAAAGAGAAAGGAAAAAUUGAAAAAGAACAAGCGUCCUGACAACGGUAUUGCCAAGUUUGAGGGUUUGUAG